AUGUUGGUUGCCUUCAGAUGCGUGUGUGUUUGGUCAGUGGCGAAAAAGAAGCCGGUGUGUAUAGAGCGGAAAGCACAUGGAGUUGGUGAGGACCAGCAACCGAAUUGGAUCGUGUCGGUGGCGGCGAGGCGAUAUACGGAUUUGAUAGCAUCUGGAUCGUGCGAUGGUUUUGUACGAUUUUGGAAG